AGCAAGUAUGGUUCCUCACAAGAAACUUCGUGUGCGUUUCCUCAUGAUCUCAAUAUAAAUACCCAAUUUCUUCUCACACGCACCCCAACUUCAAAGUUCACACCUUUCAAGUUGAAAAUCACGAUCAGAUAUCAUCACCCAGUCUUAGAUUUCACGAUGAUGAGGUCUUUCGUUGGAAAGAUUCAAAAGGGUGUCUCGCAGAUUGUGCCUGGAAAACCUGCACUGAACUACAUCAAUGAAAACCAAUUGGAAAACACAGGGGCUGUGCCAGAAGAUGUUAGCAAAGGGUAUUUUGCAGUUAUUGCAAUCAAAGAUGGAGAAAUCAAAAGGUUUGUGGUUGAGUUGGAUUACUUGACUAAUCCUGCAUUCUUGGGACUGUUAGAUCAAGCUGGAGAAGAGUAUGGUUUCAAGCAACAGGGAACUCUUGCAGUCCCUUGUAAGCCUAAGGAGUUACAGAAGAUUCUAGAUGGUUGGAGAGUGAGACCAGACACCAUCAAAGCUGCAGGAAGGGAUUUAUAUGUACCUAAGUUCCUAUGAUUGGAGUAUAAGUCAGAGGUUUUAAUUUUUCUAAUCAUUUUUUGGUUUAGAUUUUUGCUUUUUUGUUGAAUAAGUGUUUGUAGCUGUGAAAGGAUGUGAAAGUUCUGUGUAGAAAUGAUAAGAUGGAGAUCUGAUUGAAAUAUAAAUUUACAAAACCUUUUAGUUUUUUUACAAUUAUAUUUGUAAUUUCAAUAGAAAAUAUAUACCAUAUUUUGUGUGAAAAGAUCUAAAAGUUUAUUAUUAAUGGUAUUUUUAAUGUA